AUGCGUGGCCGAGCGGGCCGAAAAGGCAAGGAUGAAGUUGGUGAAACCUACCUAUGCUGCACAAGUAAGGAUUGGGAAGAUGUGGUUGGAUUGUUGGAAGCUGAGUUGCCCGCUAUUGCGAGUGGGUUGGCCCCGGGCAGGGCAGGGAUCAAGAGAGCGUUACUUGAGGCCAUUGCUACUAAGCUGGUAUCCGGUCGCGAUGCUAUCAACGAUUACAUCAGGAGCAGUCUGUUAUUUCACAAUGACGAAGCCCAGGAUACCCUUUUCGACAUGGUGCAAUCAACUCUCCAGGAACUUCUGGAUUCAAAACUCGUGAAGUCAUCAAAUGAUGAGACUUUUGAGCCAACACAGCUUGGCCUAGCAAUUGUCGCGUCCGCAUUUAGCCCUGAUGAUGGGCUUUUCAUAUAUGGAGAAUUAAAGCGUGCACUGCAGGCUUUCGUGAUGGAUGGGGAAAUGCAUAUCUUUUAUAUGUUUUCUCCGCUACAGGCGUCUUCGGAAAUUGACUGGAUGGCGUUCCGCGACGAGGUUCAUGGACUAGAUGAUAGUGGACUACGUACAAUACGGCUCGUUGGCGUUGACCCUGGAUUGGUGAACUCAAUUGCAAUGGGACAUGCUUCUAUCAAGGAUCCAGCUUUGCUCAGAGUCUACAACCGUGUCUAUACAGCAUUUCAACUGCGUGACUUAAGCAAUGAAAUCCCGGUUUCAUCAAUUGCGAAGAAAUAUAACAUAGCCCGAGGAGCUGUACAGACGCUUGCUCAAAACUGCCACGGGUUCGCGGCUGGGAUGGCCAAAUUCUGUCAACGGAUGGGCUGGGAUAUGCUGGCGGUUGUGUUGGAGCAUAUGCGUGAUCGCCUUCAGGCUGGGGCCCGAGCAGAUCUAUUGGAGAUGGCACAGGUGACCUAUGUCAAAAGCCGAACGGCAAGGUUGCUUUGGGAGAAUGGGUUCAAAACCCUGAGGUCUCUUGCUGAAGCUGCACCUAGUGAGCUGGUGCCUGUGUUAAUGAUGGUAAGUUGA